AUGCUCGUAGCACCUGAACUUAUGAUGCACGUCGGUCCGCCGCCCCAAGAGGUGCUUGACCAACUGUGGCUGUGGAAACUCCUCAUGGCCGGCUUUACACUGGUCUUCAUCUUGCAGGUCGUCGCGCUGGAUGUCGCUGGCGCUCUUCUGACAGGUCUACUGCUCGGCUUCGGCUGGAUCAUGCUCAGAGAUGGUAUGACAGAGAUGGCCAAGUACGCGCUGAUUUACGCAGUGCUCUGUGGCCUGAACUUCUUUUUCGAAGUCUUGCCGCUGAUCAGCGAGAUCAGUGGCAGGGUGACAAGGAGGGCAGAGUUAGCCACGCCGACCAUAGAGGUAAAUGGAACCCGAGUGACAACCUACACUCUGGCAACACAGACGCACCCGUUUUUCGAUCCGCCUCUCGGUCUUGCGUACAACGCGCCGUCCUCGGGAGCCCAGGCGAGUUCUCGGGCUCUGCAAGCCAAAGUUGCUGCAAAAGGAGCCCCAAACGUUCCGACAAAGGUUGCUGCAAAAGGCAGCACAGCAGUUGGCCGAGAUGCGCCGAGAGGUGCAACGCUGCAAGCGACGGCCGAAAUGCCCAGCGAAGGAGUCAAUAAAGCAGCUGCGAAAAGCUCGAGCCCGGCGCCUGCGCCCAUUCCUAGGCUAACCCACGACGAGAGGCGGCGGCGCUGGGCCCUGACGGGCUCGGCUGUGGCUAGCAUGCUGCAUGAGAUGCUUGAGUUCGAAUUCGUUUGCGGAAAAGGAUGGAUGGAGGGAAUGCAGCGUUUGGUGGAAAACACGCCCCGGGACCACAUCGGACGCCGCUAUGGUUUGGAUGACUUUGCAGGACCCUUGCUGCGCGACCACUUCAUCCAGUGGACUUCCAGCCACUCGAGGGCCGAGAACUUCCGGAAGGUGAUCUUGCGCUUGGAGAUGAAGGUAGUGGUUGCAACGAAGCACCUGGACCUCUCGUACGACUGGACAUUGAGGCCGGGUGCUUUCCAAGAAAGCACAGCUAAGAUGGCCCGGCAGCUGGGAGCCACCGAGAACCCGCCCUUUGAUGGGUUUAUGCACAUGAAGAGGGGACUGCUCUUUGUUGGCUUGCCGCUUCGAUUGUACUUGGCCGAUAGCCCUCAUCUCUACGAGUUAAUCCGGCGCAUGAGAUCUCUGGCCGACCCCGCAAUUGCGGGUGAGGUGGUGUCUGUGUCGAACGUCCGGAAGGUGCUUGAUGCAGAUGGCUUCUGGGCUUGUUCUAAGUAA